AUGGUAGAAAAUGCCUUGCUAAGGAAACCUGGAGGUGAGGAUGUCCUGGAAGAGUACAAGUCAGAAAAUACGUUGACGCACAGCACCCGGAGACACCUUGUUAACAUUCUGACUAGCCAUAUGACUGAAAUGCAUGGGAGGAUUGUUCCACGUCAGCAAAAAGAGAAGUAUGCCCUGGGAAUCAUUACACUCUUUCCCUCGCUGAAGGAUCCUUUUUCUCCAAAGGGAUAUCUGAAUCAAGACUUCCUGCUGCUGUUUGGUGGUGAAACAGCAUCCAAGAUGCUUGAAAAGUGGGACACGGCAUUCAAGUACAAGGUUAUCAAAGAGGCCAAACAACUGACUCAGUCAAAAGAGCUGUGCCGACUUCUGAAUGCUGCUGAGAAACCUACGGAGAAUGAUGACACUAGUAAGUCUGGACGGAAGAGGAGCAAAAUCAGUGCCAGUGAUGCAGUGGAAAAAAUGGUUCACUUUCACAAGUCGUGCUGCAGCAUUGAUGAACACCUGCGUGGGAGAAAGGGUCAACAACCGUACAUCCUUGCUGCUGGUCGCACCCAGAACAAGAUUGACAACUUCUAUAUUGUCGUUGACAAACAGCUCAUCCCCUGCCAAGCCACCAGCUCCUUAGGUGCUUUUGAUGAACUGUUCAAAUCACACUACGUGUUCAACCUGUCAUACGAGGAGUCCCUGGUCCAGCUCUACACAUUUGUGCAGACAACAGUCUACAACAUCGAUGUCACAACAACAGAUGAGUCUCCAAGAAUCCGUGAGUUGCGGGCAAAACUCCUGAACUAG